AACUUAUAUACCCCCCCAUAUAUAAACACUCGAGUCCAUCCGCUCGCCAAGCGUUUUGACUUAAGUCUCUCCAUACACACUCUCGCUCUUCCUCUCUUCAAAAGAAAAAAAAGCCAAAAACCAAACACAAUCGUUUUCACAAUGAAGGCCCAAACCCUCGCUGUCGUCGCCCUCGGCCUCUUCGCCGGAGAGUCACUCGGCCAGUCCGUGCCCCCCAUCGUGUCGUCCGUGUCGGCCGAGAUCUCGUCCGCCAUCGCCUCGGGCAGCGCCAUUGCCUCGAGCGUCGCCUCGCAGGCCUCGUCCCUGGCCAGCAGCAUCGAGAGCCAGGCCUCGUCGGUUGCGUCCAGCGUCACCGGCUCCGGCACCACCGGCACCGGCGCCAGCACCACCACCAGCUCCGAGACGACGCUGACGACGACGGUGCCCGUCAGCACCACCGUCACCUCGGUCGAGUCGGGCACCACCGAGCCGGCCACCACCAUCCCCGGCACCACCAACAGCCAGACCACCCGGGCUGCCACCACCAUCCCCGGAACCACCAUCUCUCCCACCACCCGCGUCUUCACCACCACCUCUGCUUCCACCUCCACCUCCACCGGCCUGGCCAUCGCCCCUACUGCUGAUGCCAAGCUGCUGGCUCCCAUCCUCGGUGCCGCCGCCGCCGUCCUGAUGCUGUAAACAACAAGCCAGCCAGCAUGCAAAUAAAACAAUAUAAUGAGGUGGUUGUCUGAUACCAAAGCAUCGAUGAUUCCCUUCUUUCUGUCCUUAAUGGUUACAUAUUCAAAGGAGGAGGGAUUGAGGGAAGUGUGAAAUAAGAGGGAGAGGAAUAGGGGGGGAAACACGCCUGACCAGAUUAUUCGAGAAAGCAAAGAAAAACAGAGAGAAUCUACGCAUACACAGGAUCUACUAAUUAAUAUGUGCUUGUCUCACCGACCGGACAAACACGCGGCGGCGUUAGUUUCUGUCUUUUCUCUUCUAAUGGAUGUUAAAUUGUUUAAUCUUGUCUUUGUUGUUUCUUGGAAGAUGUGAGGUGAAGUAAUGGCAGUGGUUGUGUGAAGUGGUGAAAAAAGAACUAGCAGUCGAAUUGUAUGGUUAGUCCAAUAAUUCAAAAACUAUUAUCGAAGC